AUGGAAGACCAAAAAAUUCAAGAAGCGCGGGAGGCCAUGGACAUUCUUUACGAGAUUUCCACGCUGCUAAACACGGGCCUAGACCGAGAAGCACUUUCGCUAUGUUUAAAUUUAUGUGAGAACGGAGUUAACCCUGAAGCCUUAGCGGCCGUGAUAAAAGAACUUCGAAGGGAAAGUGCGUCAAUAAAGCCUUCCGACACCAUCACCCCCACCCCCUCUUCAACAGCUUCAGGGUUUGGUAAUAAUAGUAACACUAGUGGCGCUAAUUCAGCCACUUCAGUUCCAGUCGUAAAGAAACGGAAAAAAAUCUCUUCGGAGAACGAUUGA